AUGAAUAUUUUAAAAAAUCUUGAUUUAUUCGGAGUACCUCUCGUGUAUGGGAUUGAUCAAAGGCAGUCUAAGUAUAAGAGCAUCUUGGGAGGAAUAUUAUCCUUAAUUACAUUUUUAGGCAGUUUUGCCUACGCAAUUUGGAUAUUUUAUUUGUGGCAAACCAAAUAGAUGAAUCCUAAGAUAUCGAAUUCGAAAUAUGUUUCUGAUUACUCUGCCCUUGACCUCAGUGCAGGAUUAAUUAGAUUAUAUUAUUGGUAGUAUGAUCCAAAUCUAAUCGAUCCCUUUUAAACAAAAAUUCUCUUGCCUCUUGUGAUUUACAACAGAAAAAAUCAGUUGACAUCACCUUCAUUAAUAAAUGAAACUUCGGUUACAAGUCAUGGAAAUACUUAUAUACCUAAAAUAGAACUAGGGUUUUCUAAAAUAGAUGGAGAGAUUUACACUUCAGAGGAAAUGUAUAUACAAAUAGUUAUGUGCUCCGAAAUAUAUUUAUAACCUAAUGAGAAGUGUGCAUCUCCUGAGCUAACCGAACAAUUUUUCAAAUAAUCUUCGAAUAUGGUUGUGUUGCAAAUUUAUUCGACAACCUUGGAUUCUCGAGAUGGAUCAGAGUAAAAUGGAUUACAGGAAUUAUAUAUUUAAAUAGAAGAACACUUCUGUUAUACUAUGAAUACCUUUCUUUAAACCAAUAUGUAUGAACUUCAGGAUUACUUUCUAUUUGGAACAUCGAGAUAUAAGGAAUAUAUUUCAGGAGCAGUUGUACAGACUUAAACAAGUUCAACUGAUUAUUGUUAUAAGGCAUUCAAUAAUAAUGCUCUUUCUCUUGUUUACUUAGGAAUGAAUGGCAAUCAAACAAAAACAAUUUUUGAGUAUCCUCGUGCAGGAGAUCUCUUAGCAAAUAUUGGAUCUAUAGUGUCUUUAUUAUUUAUGAUCAAGUACAUUAUUAUUGUUUUGAAUCAAAAUUCUUUAAACUAAAUGAUAAUAGUAGAACUGAUAUCUUUCUAUUAUCCAGAGUUUAAAUCUAUUUGUAUAACAAAGAAUUGGAGAUAAAAAAUUACAAUGGUUAAAAUAAAUGAAAAGAAGGUAGAUGUAGAAGAAUUUAAAAAAUUUUAUGAUAAAGCAAAACAUCAGAUGCAUUCAAAAUUGAACUAUUUAAAUUUAUUGUAUGAAAUUUCGAGACUAUACUUUAUUAUUCGAUCGUUUAAAUACAAAGAGGAACUAUUUAAGUCUCAUAGUGUUGGAAUAAAAAUGAAUCUAAUUUCGAAUAAGGACUUUGAUGUUAUCUACGAUUAUAAUUCAAUUAGUUCAGCGAAAUCAAAAACAGAACGUAUUUUAUUAAAUGAAGAUGAUGCCGACAUAAUAUCGUUAACAAGGAGAAAGAAUCUAAAUAAUAUUGAUUUUAUUCCAGAUGAAAUAAUUAAUGAGAACGAUUUUUAUAAUACCAAUAAAAUAGUUUGA